AUGGCGACGGCAACGGCGCAACGGAGUCGGGGCCUGUCGGCUUCUUCUUCUACGGCCGAGGCAGGUCCCUCGUCGAGGCUAGCGCUCAACGUGCCCGCCGCGGCCGGGGCGUCGUCUCCCUCGGCCUCCUCCUCGUCGCCAUUGGCGUAUGCCUCUAUGGUCGACGACCGGCGACAGGCGCAGAGGCUUCUCUCAACCAUGGCGCUCGAAGAUGGGCCGAUGCGACUGCAACGGUCCAAGUCGCUCAAGAAGAAUGGCAACGUGACUAGCAGGAGAAGGAGGGAUGUGGCUGCCGGCGUGGCGAUAUCGGUGGAGGAGGCGCAGAGCGUCCGUAGCAGGAGGACAGAGAGCUUGAAGAGGCCCAUCAUCCUGCCGGAUCCACGACAGGCUGCUUCCAUGUCUCAAAAUCGCUCCAAUAGACUCGCGGUGGUUGACAGAAACCAUUCGCCGAUACUGGAUGGAGACGAUGACAUCUUGGUAGACAGGGACGAGCUCUGGAGCUAUGCUUCGGAUGGAUGUAGGCAGGAUAAAGUCUCAAGCGCCAAGCCGAGGUCGAGGACAAGGCAGAGAACACGACCGACUUCAGAAGAGGCAAAGUCGCGCACCGCGCUCCCGUCUUUGCCUGUAUCAGUCGAAAAACAUUGGUACGCAGAAGAUGAUGGACAGCGACGGCAGUCGUCGUAUGCGCCUGGUGGUGUGGAUGCGCAUGUUGGUGGCGAAGAGGAGCAGCACGAAGGUCGGACCCGACACCGAUCCGGGUCAUCGUCUCUCUCGAUUCCCUCGCUGCUUCGCAGGCCAUCACGGAGCUCAGUCGCCUCGGCCAUGUCGUCUCAACACCUCGCUGCCCUGGUGUCGAGACCCUCUGCCUCGGUUCCGACAGACUCAUCGCCGAGCAUCAACGCAAGAAGCGCGGCGACACUGUACAAUCUGAGCAGAGGCAGGAGCACCCACGUCAGCCCCUCGAGGCGGUGGGACAGACGAGGAGCGAGCGCGAGCGUCUUGUCGGGAACGGACAGCGCUGGCGACGAGGAAGCCGUGGUUCGAGAUGAGCCAAGUGCUAGGAUCAGGCAGCUCUCUGCCUCUGAGCAGGUCAAGAUUCGCGCGGCCAAGCUGGCAGAGUCUCGCCACAGCAGUAGUCCAACACCACAGUCGACGUCCAAGGCCAGGUGGCAACAGUCGAGGCGCACGAGUGCAGGCUCGCUGGACAUGGCUCUCUUCAGCUCCGAGGACGGCAUCUCCUCCUCGUCCGAUGACGAACUGCACCCAUCCUCUUCGUCGCGAAGAUCAAGCAUGGACAAGGAGAAGCGGCGUGGAUUGAGAGUGCUUCUGGCCCCAUCCUACGAGCGCGACGAUGGAGAGGCCACCCUGGGCGCAAGAGUAGGCUCUUGCGCCACUUCCUUGACCAGCGAAGAGGUCCUCUCCGACGAGCGAAACAGCCUCGCUUCGAGCUGCAGCAGCAGCACGACUGACUUUCUCGAGUUUGGCACCCGGAGAGGAGUCCGCCGAGACGAGAGAGAGGAUAGCGACGAAGGAAAGAGGGCGCGGCGGCAGGACAUGGCUGAUGACGAAAGCGAUGGGACCAUUGGCACGUCGGCUUUGCUGAUAAGGCGACGGUCAAGAUCUGGCAAGCGGCUGCUCCGGUCGACGCUGCGGUCGCCCACGUCGCCCAGCCGUGCGGCACCUCGCAUGUCUGCCAUCACAUCUGGCCUCACGCCUGCUUCGGAGGAGACGGUGGACCUGACGCCGACAGCUUCCGGCUUCUCGGAUGCCACCACCGUUGGCUCCUCGUCUCGGCCGCCCACGACGCUCCUCUCGCAGAGCCAAGAGAGCUCACAGUCGAUCACGUCGGUGCCUGUCGAGCAGGACGCCGAUCCGCUGCUCAGCUCCGGCUUUGGCAGCGUUGCAGACUUGAUCAAUGUCGAUGCCGUCGUGUGGACUGAUUUGUCGAGGCGAGGUUCGGCGGCAACCAACUUGCUCUCCAUUGCCGCGCAGAGGGAUGUCGAAGAGCAGGAAAAGGCGAGGCGGUCCGGGUUUGCAGUCGCCUACCAGGAGAGAUUGGCCUCGCUGUCGACGCAACUCCGGCUCUGGUCACGGCCUGCACCCGCCUCACCAUCCGAAGAGACGGUCCUAGGGACUGGAGUCGCAACGCCUCUGGCCAGCGACAACUUGUCAAGCAGUGGCAAGGCACGGGAUCCCCUCAACGAGCAGACACAGCAGGCACAUCAGGCACAGCAGGCAGAACAGGUGCGCGCCACUGUCGAGCAGGAGACCACGCCGACCAGCGAAAGCCUCUUCUCCAGUAGCUGGCGCCACCUAUCUAGGUUGCCCAAUCUGCUGCAGCUCCCAGCUCUUUCCUCCUCCUCCGCCAAGACGAUCACUCAGACUCCCUUGAGCCCCUCGAUGGAACAGGAUGCGCGGCCCUCGUCGCCCAGCAAUGCGUCAUCGAGAUCGGUCCCUUCUGCCUCCUCCUCGCCCGGUCCGUCAUCCCGAUCACUGUCCGACAAGGCAAAGGGACGCGGUGUCAUGAACCCUCUCGAAGGCGACGCAGACGUGAGCGCCUAUGUCUCUGGGCUGGGCAUGCCCAUCGACCCAGACGUCGAGUUGUCUUCGGUCGUCCAUCUCCAGACGUUCCGCAGUCGAAGCAAGAGUGUUGGUCCGCCUCCUCUGAUUUCAGCAAAGCAAUCCUUCCAGCCACGCCUCGACACUGCCUCCGAAGACGAGUCACCACCAGACCAAAGACGCCAUCGGCGGACCGCGUCGGACUGGGGACCAACGGAGAGUCUGUCGAAGUUCAGGGCGCCCCGUCGUCCCGAGAGGCAGUCGAAGCAGGGUUCCACGCCCAGACUCUCCUCUGCUGAUCAGGAGGGAGGCGCUGCCGCUCUCUCCUCGAAGCUCGCAGCGGCACGACGCCUCUCCCCUCCCAGAUGCUCCCGCCCUGCCGUCCAGGCGCCCGUGCCUGGUAACUUUUCCGCCUACAAUUCGUCUGCAUCGGGCUCCGAAGACUCGGAGAGCGAGCGGUCUUCUCUCGCUGAGAAGAGGCGGCGUCGAAGCGACGACGAAGGGGAAAACGACGAUCGGACGAGCAGAGGCCAGAGGAGCGGGACGAACAGCCGACGAAGCUCGCCUCCUUCCAGCUCAAGGCAGUGUGCCAUUGGUCUCUUUUCUUCGGGCCCAACGACGCGACGCCGGGAAAUGAGCCAAGCCAGCAUUGUUGAGGUAGUCGAGGAGCAUCAGGAUGGUGUGCAGAUGAUCAGGGUCAAGAGUCUGCCCAACCUCUGCAGCAACGGCCGGUCCGCCGUGUCAGCAUCGGCACGUGGGGCGCACAAGACCUCGAGUGUCUCGCAGCGAGGCGCGGCUUCGAGCCGCAGGGGUCAGACCGAGCUGGAGACUAGAAAGAGCGACCAAGACCAGAGUAGGAUUCUUGAGGAAGCGGAAGCUUCCAAAGAAGACGAUAGCGAAGACGUCCGAGGCCGCACGGGGGGACGAGGAAGGGUGGGCUCCGUCAAAGUCGUCAGCGCCUCUCUUGGACCAUCUAUGUCGCCAAGUGGCGAAAGUCCCGCCCCUCUCUCGAUGUCAAUGCCCUCCACUCCAUCCCCCUUUGGAGGCAAUCUGAUGGGGAGCAGUGCCAUGGUCAUGGGCUCCUCUGGCGUAGGCGCCAAUUCGGGAAUUCGCCCGAGCAUGGUCAGCAACGGCGCUCAUCUUCUCAUGCUCAGCCUCGAGCUCGAGAUGAUGCGGAGCCGCAAGAUUACCUGCAGCCUCAAACCGAGAUGGCUAAAGGCGCGGGCGAGACCAGAACGGGCGUCUGCGCCUGGUACGCCCCUCGAUGAGCUGGACAAGGAGCCGGUGGCCAGUCCACCGAUCUCUCCGCCCUCAGGUCACCUCCAGUAUCUUGCUUCGAAGCCGCGGUCGAGCAGCAAUCUCCGCUUCGAGCUGGGAUGA